ACAAAUGAUGUUCAUUUCGUGCGACUGAAUGACUGCUCUCGUACAACAAGUUCAGGGACUGGUCAUAACUACAACCGCAAGCUCAAGCGAGAGGGAAACAACAACGUCGUCGUCGGUCGGUCGGUCUAGCGUGUGGCCUGCCCUACCGCCUUUCUGCCUUUGCCUUUAAGACUUGUCGCUCCCUCGUCCUCACCCCUGAGGCGAAGAAGAGGAAGAGGAGGAGGAAGAGGAGGAGGUGGUGGUGCCGCCUCGGGGGUCGUAUAAACUCCACGUCGAGUUCCGAGUCACCGUUUCUCUUCUCGCGCAGCGGUGGUGCUGCAGUGCAGCAACAGCCAGAGCUUCUUCCUGAGGGAGGCCCGGCAUCGACGAUUCUGGAGGCCAAAUUCGCGAUACGGGAGGUGGCGGCUUGAAGAUAGAGGAGGUCAUUCAUUCCGGUUGAAUUUGCGUCAGACGAGUGUCGGUGUUGGCGAGAGCAAGAGAGAGUUGUACGCAAGAGGAGAGCCCGAAAUGGUGGCACCCGCAGCUGGGCCUGCUGCUCCCGUAGCAGAGCCGUCUGAACCGAAGGAGGCGAAGAGAGAUUUUACGACCGCCAUUCUGGAGCGGAAGAAAGCUCCCAACCGGUUGAUCGUCGAUGAGGCCAUCGCUGAUGAUAACUCCGUCGUGGCAUUGAACAUGGAGACCAUGGAGAAGCUACAGCUUUUCCGCGGAGACACAGUUCUCAUCAAGGGAAAGAAGAGGAAGGACACAGUCUGCAUCGUCCUGGCUGAUGAGACCUGCGAGGAGCCAAAGAUUCGAAUGAACAAGGUUGUGAGGACCAACCUACGAGUCCGACUCGGAGAUGUUGUCUCAGUUCAUCAAUGCGCUGAUGUUAAGUACGGAAAGCGAGUGCAUGUUCUGCCCAUCGAUGACACCAUUGAUGGUAUCACCGGGAAUCUCUUCGAUGUUUUUCUAAAGCCAUACUUCAUGGAGGCCUAUCGGCCAGUCCGCAAAGGCGAUUUGUUUCUUGUCCGAGGUGGAAUGAGAAGUGUGGAGUUCAAAGUGAUCGAGACAGAUCCAGCAGAGUACUGCAUUGUUGCACCAGACACGGAAAUUUUCUGCGAAGGUGAAGCGGUCAGGCGGGAGGACGAAGAGCGUCUUGACGAAGUAGGCUACGAUGAUGUUGGAGGUGUGCGUAGACAGAUGGCGCAGAUUAGGGAGCUUGUAGAGCUCCCACUGAGACAUCCACAACUUUUCAAGUCCAUUGGAGUGAAGCCACCGAAAGGUAUCUUGUUGUACGGGCCACCAGGAUCAGGAAAGACGUUAAUUGCCAGAGCGGUGGCGAAUGAGACAGGGGCCUUUUUUUUCCUCAUCAACGGUCCGGAGAUCAUGUCUAAGCUUGCGGGAGAGAGUGAGAGUAACUUGCGAAAGGCUUUCGAGGAGGCCGAGAGGAACGCUCCCUCCAUCAUUUUUAUCGAUGAAAUUGACUCCAUUGCACCCAAGAGAGAGAAGACUCAGGGUGAAGUAGAGCGGAGGAUUGUAUCUCAGCUUCUCACUCUCAUGGAUGGUUUGAAGUCCCGAGCCCACGUGAUCGUCAUGGGCGCAACUAACAGGCCGAACAGCAUUGACCCUGCUUUAAGAAGAUUUGGUCGUUUUGAUCGAGAGAUUGACAUCGGUGUGCCUGAUGAAGUCGGACGCUUGGAGGUGAUGAGGAUCCACACCAAAAACAUGAAGCUCGCUGAGGAUGUUGACUUGGAGCGAAUUGCCAAAGAUACCCAUGGGUUUGUUGGAGCCGAUCUUGCAGCACUUUGCACUGAAGGUGCACUUCAGUGCAUCCGAGAGAAAAUGGACGUUAUCGAUCUUGAAGACGAAACGAUCGACGCUGAAGUGUUGAACUCCAUGGCUGUCACAAACGAACAUUUCCAAACAGCUUUGGGAAUCAGCAAUCCCUCGGCUCUACGAGAGACGGUUGUCGAGGUGCCGAAUGUUACAUGGGAAGAUGUCGGAGGGCUGGAAAACGUCAAGAGAGAAUUGCAGGAGACCGUCCAGUACCCCGUGGAGCACCCGGAGAAGUUCGAGAAGUUCGGAAUGUCUCCCUCGAAGGGAGUCCUUUUCUAUGGUCCUCCUGGAUGUGGAAAGACCAUGCUCGCCAAGGCCAUCGCCAACGAGUGUCAAGCUAACUUUAUCAGUGUCAAGGGUCCCGAGCUUCUUACCAUGUGGUUCGGUGAGAGCGAAGCCAACGUGCGUGACGUUUUUGACAAGGCCCGCCAGUCUGCUCCUUGCGUUCUCUUUUUCGAUGAACUGGACUCCAUCGCUACCCAGCGAGGUAGCAGCGGAGGCGAUGCAGGAGGUGCUGCCGACAGGGUGUUGAAUCAGCUUUUGACGGAAAUGGACGGCAUGAACGCCAAGAAGACCGUCUUCAUUAUUGGUGCUACAAACAGGCCCGACAUUAUCGAUUCCGCCUUGCUGCGACCCGGUCGUUUGGAUCAGCUCAUCUACAUUCCCCUACCUGAUGAGGCCUCUAGAUUAAGAAUUUUCCAAGCAUGCCUCAGAAAGUCUCCAAUCUCUAAGGAAGUUGAUCUAGAAGCUCUUGCCAGAUAUACACAAGGAUUCAGUGGAGCUGAUAUCACGGAAAUCUGUCAACGUGCUUGCAAGUACGCCAUCCGAGAGAACAUUGAACAGGAUAUUGAGCGUGAGAAGAAACGAGCCGAAAACCCCGAAGCAAUGGAGGAAGAUGAAGAGGAAGAGGUAGCCCAAAUCACUGCUGCUCAUUUUGAGGAGUCGAUGAAGUUUGCACGGAGGAGUGUCAGUGAUGCAGACAUCCGAAAGUACCAGGCUUUUGCCCAAACACUGCAGCAGUCUCGGGGAUUCGGAUCCGAAUUCCGCUUCCCAGACAGACCGGCCGUUCCAGCCACAGCCGUGGGUACUGAAGGUGCUGCAUUCACUUCAGCUGCUGCGGCCGAUGAUGACGAUCUGUACAAUUAGAGCAAGUUUUUUCUAGGACAGAUAAGAUUCAAUCGACCCAAAAGUUAUAUAGUUCUAGUCACUAGCCUCAUUGCAGCAAGCAAGAUUUGUACAAUUGACACAUACAAACGCACGGGGUUGCAGCAGAUGCUGCACCCUUGACCUCUAGUCUUUCCGAGCCGAAGAUGUGCAUGUUCUUUGGGCAUUCAAUCAUGGGUUUGGAUCGUAGUGGUCAAAUCACAUACAACUCUUUCUGCUAUUCAAUGGCAUCAUCACAUCUCGAUAAUUGCAGACUCUCGGCUACGUCCAAAUGUCUACUCUAUGGGCACUUAUCCUUUCAUCCAUCUGUCGGCUCGUCUGUGAUGACAAUUUUGUAAAGCAUUUUCAACAUGG